AUGACUACCCCGCAUUCCAGUCUCGUCGCGUCGAGGCGGUCGCGGGCUGGCCGGACGGCCGGCGCCGUCCGCGCAGACAACAGUGGAAUGACUCUCGGUGUCGCUACCCCCUCUGUUCCUACCAUCGGUAUCAACGGCUUUGGCCGCAUUGGCCGUGCCCUCUUCCGCAUCUGCCUGUUCCGCGACGACAUCCGCCUCGUGGCGAUCAACCACACUGCGUCCACCCUCGAGCACCUGCUCACCGCGAUCCGGCACGACUCGACGCACGGCCCGCUGCCGAACCAGGCAGAGGUCACCAUCGCGCCGGCCGACCACCCCAACAUGCUGCCCAAGACGGACAAGAACCCGAACCCGCAGGCGCUGCUGUACCGCGGGCGCCUGAUCCACCUGUUCUCGCAGCGCGACCCGAAGAACCUGGACUGGUCCUCGGCGGGCGCAGAGUACGUCAUGGAGUCGACGGGCAAGAUGACGCUUGUCGCCUCGGCCAGCGUGCACAUCACCGAGGCGAACGCCAAGAAGGUCAUCAUCUCGGCGCCGUCCAAGGACGCGCACAACCUCGUGUACGGCGUCAACCACCGCGACUAUGCGGGCGAGGACGUGGUCUCGAACGCGUCCUGCACGACCAACUGUCUCGCGCCGCUUGCUUCCGUGCUCGACAACGCGUUCGGCAUCGAGAGCGGCAUGAUGACGACGAUCCACGCGUCGACGGCCUCGCAGAAGGUGCUCGACGGCUUCUCGACCAAGGACCUGCGUUCCGGCCGCUCAGCAAUGGGCAACAUCAUCCCCGCGUCCACGGGCGCCGCGCAGGCCGUCGUCCGCGUCCUCCCCCAGCUGGCAGGCAAGUUCCAGGGCAUCAGCGUGCGCGUGCCCGUGACCAACGUCUCGCUCGUCGACCUGACCGUCAAGACGACGCACCCGUUCAACAGCAAGAAGGAGCUGAUCCAGGCGUUCCGCGACGCGGCCGACACGCCCGUCUCGCGCGGCGGCGUGCGCGGUGUGCUUUCUGUUUCCGACGAGAAGCUCGUGUCCACCGACUACCUCACUUCCUCCCUGUCCUCCAUCAUCGACGAGGACGCAUGCGUCAUCCUCGACGAGUUCACCGCCAAGAUCAUCGCGUGGUACGACAACGAGUUUGGCUUCUCGAACCGCAUGGUCGACCUCGUGACGUACAUGCACUCGCACCCCGACGGCGAGCACCCCAACGUGCGCCGCAACUCGGUCUCGCCGGUGGUCACCAAGUCUGCGCUGCCAAAAGUGUCCAAGGGCGCCAACGGGCUCGGCCUGAACGGCGUCCACGAGGUCCCAGAAGAGGCCAUUGUGUAGAGUGUUUUGUUUGCUUUAAAAUCGUAAAAUCUAGUUUUGUUCUGAUGUAUCUAGUAG